AUGACUAGAUUCGACCAUGAGUAUCAUCUACACACUGUGUUUCUGCUCUGUGUAAUCAUGCCCACUGUUAGUGGAAAUAUUUGCUGCAGCUACCCGCAGUUUGAGGCAGACACCUACAGCGAUGAAGCCUAUGUCUUCAUAGACUCUGGACGUCUUGGUACAACCUACAGCUACUACAACGUCACCGCCCACAUGGUUUAUGACUUCACCAAGAACAGAACGUACGCCAAUGUUACAUCUGUGGAGGUAUCGCCGCAACUACCGCAACCGCUGGUGUCACGCUAUCAGCUGAUCAACGACUACAAUAACAAGACCCAAUAUAUGUUCCAUGGGAACGCCUGCCUGAAAUAUUCGAUUGGUGCAUUUGAGCCCCUAUGUGUUCCAGACACUGCUAUCUUGUUGUCAACGAGCUACAUUGGCAACAAUAAGACUUACUUGGACACAUACUUAGUCACCCAUUUGCCAGAUCCAACAGAGUACAGAGAAUCCAUUGACCGCAAAAGUUGCUUGCCUGUGUUCAUGACGUUCACGUUAGACAGCUCGGUGCCAGACAGCGGCACCAUGACCAGCCUGGUGAUGUCAAACGUUCAGCCAGGAAUCUCUAACCCGGCCGUCUUCAACCCGCCUCAGUACUGCAACACAAGCCCCAAAGAAAAGCCACAUCAGAUAUCACGAAGUAUUCGGCAGCUGCUGGCUAGACAUCCAUUGUUUGCAAGCUUUAUGCACAUCUAG